AUGGCUUCACAACAACCCACCAGCGCAAGCGACAUGCUGAACGGCGCAACCAAAACCGUCCAAGCACCAGGCGAGAUCGCAAAAGACAACUCGAUCAUGAAGGAUCUCCUCCCCAAUCUAGACCGACAUCUCUGCUUCCCCCUCCUCAAUUUCCUCGAAGAAGAGACGCCCGAAGACGAAGACACGACCGAGAUCACAAAACUGAAAUUCGCCCUUCUCUCACCCACCAACAUGCACGACUUCACCGGCGACCUCUACGCCCAGAUCCACAACCUGUCCGAGCGACCAGAGGAGUAUGCGAAGAAGCGGGAAGGAGUGAUGGAGCAGUUGGCAAAGUACCAGGAGGAGACGGAAGGUCUGCAGAACCUGCUCGCGGAUGCCGAUGUGGUGGGCAACCUCAGAAGUGACAAGGAGUCGAACAUGAAGUACCUCAAGGACAGCCACGGCGUAACACCGCAGAUGGUAGAGCAGCUCUACGAAUUCGGCCAAUUCCAGUACUCCUGCGGCGACUACAACAGCGCCGCCGAACUCCUCUACCAAUACCGCAUCCUAUCCACCGACAACGAGCGCGUCAACGCCGCAUCCUGGGGCAAACUCGCCUCGGACAUCCUAACCACGAACUGGGAAGCCGCACUAGAAGAAGUGACGAAACUCAAAGAGAGUAUCGACGGCCGCCUCAUGAACAACCCGCUCGCACAGCUCCAACACCGCACCUGGCUAAUCCACUGGUCCCUCUUUCCCUUCUUCAACCACGAGCCAGCGCGCGAAGUCCUGACCGAACUAUUCUUCAGCCCGACUUACAUCAACACCAUCCAAGUCUCCUGCCCUUGGGUCCUACGGUACCUCACCGCAGCCGUGAUCACGAACCGUAGUCGACCGGGGAAUAAGACGAAUUAUCUCUACGGUAAUUACCAGAAGCAGUUGAAGGACUUGGUGCGGAUUGUAAGGCAGGAGCAGUAUGAGUACAGCGAUCCCGUGACUGGGUUUAUCAAGGCACUAUACGUCGACUUCGACUUCGAGGAGGCGCAGAAGAAAUUGAGCGAGGCGGAUGAGAUCCUGCGGUCCGAUUUCUUCCUCGUGGCCGCCGCGGACAAUUUCCUCGAUGCGGCGAGGCAUUUGAUCUCGGAGAGUUAUUGCAAGAUUCAUCAGCGGAUCGAUAUCAAGGACCUCUCCACCCGCCUCGGCCUCUCCUCCGACGAAGGCGAGAAGUGGAUCGUGAAUCUCAUCCGCGAUACCCGCGUCGACGCCAAGAUCGACUAUCAGGCCGGCACGGUCAUUAUGAAUCAUCCACCCAUGAGCGUGUAUCAGCAGGUGAUUGAAAGAACCAAGGGGGGGUUCUUUAGGACGCAGGUGCUUAGUGCUGCUGUUGCUAAAUAG